UUCUUAAGCCAUAUCUGCUCAAACACUAUCCAACUUCCAGGUUCGGAAAAAAAUAUAUACAUAUAACUGAUUUUUUUCAGGAUAAAUAUUAGUUGUUAUGAAUGAUUUAUGAAGAUUGUUGGUGAAUCUUGUUUAAUUUUGCGAUGUUUUGUUGUCGUAGGGUCAUCUAAGGAGGAACUAAGUGUGCAAUAUGGAGAUUUUGGAGAGAAACAAUUGCUAGUCGGCUAGCAUAGCUUAGUUUAGCUUAGCAUAAGCUAGUGUUAGCUUUGCUAGCGCGCUAAUAAUUCACUACGGACGAGCCGAUUAGGAAUUUGGACGAAAAGCCCGUCAGGCUGCAGGAUCUGCACCAAAACCUGCUAGCUUUUUUAUUUAGCUUCAGUGAAGCAGCAUAAUUGCACCAGCUACUAGCUGAGCGGCUAACUGUUUAUCUCCGAGAAUUAUUUGCCUCAGAAUGGAGGGAAUGUUAAAAGAGAAAAGAAGAGAAGAGAAGCUAAUUAACCAGAACUGACGGGAACAAUCUGGAAAGUCCAAUCGAUGUGGUUUUAUUUGGACAUUUACAUUAAUCAGUAAUGAGAUUUAUAUAAAUGUAAAUCUUUUGUAUAUUUGGAAAAUUAUUUACUUCAACAAAAAUUGGUACAUUUCCUGAAAUUAUUAGUUUAUAAUAUGCUCAAGAUUAUUAUUAAUAAUUAUUAACCAGAAGCUUGUAAAACUUCUCCACUUAGCAGUUUACAAUUUUACUGAUGUGCAGUUUAACACGUUUACCUUCCUAUUCUGUUCAAAAUGCAGAAAAAAAAUUUAAAAAGGAAAGUUUUUUUUUUUCUCCCCCAAGGCGCUUCAUGUCUCAGAGUUGGUUUGAAGAAGGACGUGUGUGUGUGUGUGUGAGAGAGAGAGAGAGAGGUUUACAAGAGUCUUCAGGCAUUUUUUGCAACCCGACCCUUGACCACCGAACACUUUAUUUAAAAAAAAAAAGGCUUUUUUUUUCUUCAAAUGUAUAAUUUAGGAUGUCGGCAAAAGAUGAGCAACACAGUGGACAAAAAUCUAAACACUUCUUCUUGAAGCAGCUUUAAAAAAAAAAAUACAGGAGGUUUGUGUCAUUUCUGCACCUGAGCUCCGAACGAUGUGUCAGGAACAAAUCAUCAUAAAUUGUGUUCUUAUUGGAAAAUAAUCCGUCCUGCAGUGUGCGAAUGCUCGAAUCUGAUUGGUCAGAAAGACAGGUUUCUGUUAUCAUUCAAAUACGGUACGUACCAGGACACAUACGGUGAAUGUCAUCUAAGAGAGAUUAAUAAACCUCAGAAAACGUGUUAUCAAAAAUAAAUUAAAUUCUGCUUAAUUAAAUUUAAAUUCUUCAACACGGAGGAGUUUACACUUUUGGGUUUCUUGGUAAAUUUAUAAGCUGCAUUUUUUUGUGUGAGAGAGAGACUGAUGAAAGAAGGACGAUUUAUUGCAGCGAUAAAGAAAAUGAGAACAGGAAGUAACCCUCUCGGACCACCCAUGACAUUAAAUCUGACUAUAAACUGUUAAAAUUUGUGAUGUCAUUUGUUAAUAAAUCAAACAUCACACUCGUUGGUAAAUUGCUGUGGAAUAAAACACACUGACUGGCAGUGAAACUGACCAAACUUUUGGUUUCUCUUUGUCUCGGCUUGUUGAUCCACAAUCAUUAAAAGUUUUUCCAUGUUUUUAUCUUCAUUUUCUUGACUUCUGUUGUUCUACAGAGUCGGGCUGGGCGAUAUGCAUGACAAAAAUAUAUCCCCAUUUUCGAAGACGUUUCAGCAGUACGCUUUGCAAAUAUGCUUAAGUUUUAUAAUAAUUAAGCAAAGAAAAAUACAAUUUCUCAUAAAUAUAAAAAAUACAACAGUAUUCUCUAUUUCAGUAAAGCAUAUUGUGAUUAUCAUGGUAAUGAUAUUAUAUCAUCCUAUCGCGCAGCCCUAACACUGAAGUCACCUGAUGUUGAGAGACUACCAGACGGAGAUGGAGGGUCAUCUGUUUGUUUUUAUUCGCUUUAUCUCCUACGCUAGUACAGAGGACAUUGUUCAUCACGCGAUUUGGGAACCCAUGUUUUCACUCACUGUGUAUUGUUCUAAUUUUCCUGCUUUUUUUCCCCCCUUCUUGUUCUUCUCCCUUCAGCAUGUGGAUGGUGGGCGAACAUGGAAGGAUCGUAUAGAAUGAGUGUGAGGGAGCUGUGCGAGACGGAUGAUUUGGCUACGAGUCUGGUGCUGGACCCGUUACUCGGGUUCAGCACCCAUAAGAUGAACAUAAGUCCUCUUCCAGAGAUCCGGCGGUGGAGCUACCUGAGGGAGACGCUGCUGCGUUUUAAGCGCACUCGGGACUUCCAGGCCACGUUCGAUGCCCUGCUGGAAGGCGAAUGGACGAGCGAGUACUUCCGAGACCUCGGCUCGCACCGGCAGGAGUUGCUGAGGCAACAUAUGUACCGCUAUCUCACUGCCUUCCUAUUGGACAGUGGAGUCCAGAUCGAGUCAUGUGACCGAUAUUCUUCAGAGAUCAAUGGAGCCAAAAUCACAGCAACCAGAAACUGGUUGGUGGGAGAGCGGGUGGAGGUGCUGCAGGGCUGUAUUGCUGAGCUGAGUCCCGCUGACAGCGCUGUGCUCAGGACCGGUGUGAACGAUUUCAGUGUGAUGUACUCGACGCGUAAGCAGUGUGCUCAGCUCUGGCUCGGCCCGGCUGCCUUCAUUAACCACGACUGCAGGCCGAAUUGUAAGUUUGUACCUGGGGAUAAGAACGGUGCGUGUGUGAAGGUUGUCCGUCCCAUCUCACCUGGGGAGGAGAUCACGUGUUACUAUGGCGACAGCUUUUUUGGGGAAGACAAUGAGAUGUGUGAAUGUUGCACCUGUGAGAGGAGAGGAAAAGGGUUCUUCCGGCACAGGCUGGCUGCACUACAGGAGUGGGAAGGCCCGAACGAUCCGCUCGGCCAGAAGUACAGGUUCAGAGAGACAGACCUGCGGCUUAACCGAGAGAAAGGGAACAGUACUCCGAGUCCGUUCCUCCCAGUAUCUAACCCGGCUUUCUCUGUGAAGAAUUCCCAGCAGACAAAGAGAAACGCCCCUUCAGUGAGCAGCAGGACGACAAAGACCAAGAGGUGGAAAAGGGAGGAGCGAGUCAAACAGGCUGAGAAGACUCAACACAACCAUUUCGUAUGGUCCCGGUCUCAUUUCACCGUAAAGAACUUGAGCAUUUGCCUGUACAGUCACAGUGUGGACUUCCUUUUAAGCUGCAAGGAUCCUGCUAGCAAGGAAAGAGCCCUUUUGCGAAAAAUCGAGAGCGUGAGACCAAAAUUUGAGAGUCGAGACUCUGAUGUGCUCAGGCCUCCAUCUCCCACCGGUGUCAAACUGAUCAGAGGUGAGGAAGGACAAAAUGUCUCUAACGAUGUAUCGAGUAACACUGAUGGAUUGAACUUAAAACCCUUCACGUUAACCUCGGUUGGCGAUAAGGACCCUGAAAACGCUAAAGGACAGGAGGCGGAAACCACCGCCGUUAGAGGUGUUCAUCAGAUGGCCAUUUCUUCACGGACCAGGAAUAUGCUUCGCACCCGAUUCAGAUGCUCUGGAGCCUUUGAUCGAGGUAAACUCUGCCGCUUGAAUAAAAAGGCUGUCAAAAUGAUACGCCGGACACCGAAGCUGGGUGCAGGUGCUAGACGUCACGGUCAGUGUCGAAGAGGCGCUGUCAGAAAAGCUGGUCCGCAUAAGGCACUCUUAAACAAAACCCGACGAGAAACAAACAGCAAGUCAGUGCUGGUGAUCACAGAGGAGAAGCAGCAUAGCAUUGGGAAUUCUCACAAGACCAUGGCUGAUGGCGAGAAGCGCAUCGCUGUCUCCGGUGCUGCUAAGGAAGGGGAUUCGAGCUCCCCGAUUGCUUCUGAGAUCUCUGGGGAGCUGCAGAAAAAACACAUCCCUUCUGUUGUUUCUGGCAUGAUCAAUGUUACUACUUCCUUGACUCCUUUUUUCUCUGCUCACCUACCACCACCACCUCCAACAGCUUCAUCGUCGUCAUCAUCAUCAUCUUCUUCUCUCCCUUCAGGGUUGACGCGCUACAUACAAGUCAGUCUGGUCAGAGUGUCGAUCCCAGGAGAGCAAGCAGCUGUUCAGGCAGAUCAGGAAAGAGCAGACAGCCAAGAAAAUGCAGAUCCGACACCUCCUGCAGCUGUAGAGAAGCAGAUCUCAAAGUGCAAACGAAGCAAAGGUAUCUCAAAAAUUGGUGUUAAGAAAGGGGUAAGGGAGAUGUAUUUUACUUCAAGUGCAGACAGCUUUUUAAAGGUGACGUGUGAUAUAGAAAGUAGUGGGAAUACCAUAGAACAACCUCAUGCACAGGUGACGCCCAAGGGUAGCAAGAAAAAUAACGAUGAAAAACAGGAUAAGAAAGAAACCAGUAGUAAUGCUAAGGUUAACAGUAUGGUGUCUGAUUCUGUAUGUGUUGAGAAAUCUUUGGUAGAGGAUAAUGAAGAGGUGAGUAAUUUAAGGAAAAGAGGACAAGUGACGAAAGGUCAAACAAAGCAGAGUGAAACAGGUACAGCUGAAGAAAAGGAUGAGGAAAAGCGUGAAGGUAAGCAAGGUGAGGUAGCUGAGCAUAAAGAAGAUACUGUAGAAAAGAAAUCAGAUUUGUUGCAUUUUGGAAGCAAAACUGUUGUCAUGAAGGAGGCAAGAGUCCUUCUGUCUGACAUUUUAAAAAGCUUGAACAGUGACUUGGUUAAUCAAGGACUGGACAGUAAAGUGUACCAUGCUGUAGUCAGGAAUUCUCUGCGACAAGGUGAGUCUGAAUCAGUUAAACGGUUGAUAUCCCUUACUAAAACCCCAAAAUUGAAUUUUGAGCCACAGGAAAAGAAUCCUGCAGCCCAGCAUUGUGCACAAAUUUCAGAAGACUAUCAAGGUGGAAAAGUGGCAAAAAAAAAAGUUCCAGAAAUUAUUCCACCCUCCUUCGAGUCUCUGUCUCCUCUAAAAGGCGGUCUGGAUCACAGUUCCCAGAGCAGCAUCCCGUUAAAGAAACGGGUUUUUCGAGAAUCCCUCGAAACCGAUCCAGAUCAAGAUGCAAGCAUAACUACAACUACAGCAGAGUCUCCGUGUCCCAGUAAAAGUCUGGAGACCAAGCCAGAAAGUCUGCUGCCUGCGUCUCAAGGGAGCAAGACCAUUGAUAGUGGAGCUCAGAACCUGACUUUACAAUCAGGCUCGUUUUUCAAGGAUGAAGGGCUAGGCUCAAAAAAGGGCAGGCUGUGUAAAUCCUUAGUGGCCAAAAAGCUACAACAAAGAAAAUGUUUUCGAACUGUGCAGGUUAGACCAGCACAAGCUCCUAAUAAGAUAUUCAAAGAAAGAGGUAGUACAGGUAGCCAGUCGGCAGCAAAGACACCUGAAAUUGGAGUAAAUACGAAUAGAAAAUGCAAAAUGAAACCUGAGCUAGGAACCAGAGUGGAGUGCAUCGAUGCAGGGAAAGAAAGAGAUGAGGAUGUAAGAGAGGUCACCCAAAAUUUAGCAGAGCAGACGCAGGAAGAAGCAAAAUCCCAGGCCGAUGCCUUGUCCACUUUGGAAUCUAAGGUGAGUGAAGAUGAGCAGAACCUUAAUUUUAGAAUACGUCUCAAAAGGAAAAGGGGGAAGGAAUGGGAAAUGGAGAGUGAAUUCAAGGGGGAAAGGGCUGUCAUUGAAUCGCAGAAUUCAGAACCACGGGCUGAUGCCAUUGACCCCUUUAAAGCUAUUUUGGAUUCUGUCGCAAUCUUAAACUUGGAAAUGGAGCGGAUUCGGGGCCACGGAGAAGCAGACAAGAGCGUUGGCCUGGAGCAAGCCACUAAAGCUGUACAAGACGUUUUGGAACAUUGCCAAAAAGAAAGUACUUUCAAAUCCAGGAAAAGGCAUAAAAAGAUAUCUGGUGCUAGCAUCAACAAUGAAAAGCAUGCUAAUGGACAAGAAGCCUCUGUUCAAGGUAAAACGGACUUUCCUGAGGUGCUAGAACAACAGCUUGUAAAGCAUCUCAAAAUUGAAGCAGAUAACACGGACAUCAAACCUUUACCUCUGCUUCGGUUGCGCCGCCGGGCCGAGGGCAGAUGGGAGGUGGAUGGUGAGGAAGCUCAGAUACAAGAUGGAAACCCAGGACCGGGAACUUCUGUACUGAGGGACUCCCGAAUUCUGCCAUGCGUCUUUCCUGACAGGAUGCCGAUAGGAGAGAUGGCUUUCAGCAAAGUCAAAGAGGAAAACUUCUCUCCUUGCCAGCACCGGACAGCAGCUAGCAAGUGUGACAGGAUUAGAGAGCUCUCUAAAGGUGUGGUCACUUCAGAGCCUUCCCUCUUGUCCCUUUCUCCUUUGUCUCUGAACUCUCCAUAUCAUGAAGGACUAACGGAAAUAUCCCAUCUCACAAAAGUUAAAGAAACACUAGCACCAGAAAGAGUCGAGAAUCUCGAGAGCACAGAAUUGGGAGAAGUUUGCUUAAGUCACAACUUGCUUCAGAUCAACAAAAGCCUCUCUAAACUUCAAGCCAUGAGCCAACAGCAGCCAUCAUGUGCACCUGCUAACAUCUGUGCAACUACCUCCUGUCAGAUUCAGUCAAAACCUUUGUCUCCUCCCACCUCUCCUUUCACCACUGAAUGCACCUUUUCAAACUAUUCAGAAGACAUUUUAGAUUUUCACUGCUUGAAUCUUGACGGCUAUGAUCAAACACAAGCACAAAGCAGCCUCCAAAAUACACUGACUGACUACUGCUCUGGUGAACCACAUAACAAUGGAUCUUUUAGUAGCCCCUUUUCUCAAAGCCCAGCAGACGGAUGGAACCCAGAGACCCCUUACCUUGGUUCCCCAAGUCCGGGGAGUAACUUUAGUACUCCAGAAGACCUGAGUUUUCCUGAUCUUGGGCUUGCACGAUACGACACGCCAUCAUUGAACAGUGAGUUCUCUUCCAAAGAUAAAACAUUUUGUCCAGCAGCAAUGGGUUCAGCUGCUGUCAGAGAUUCGGAGAGGAAUGCAUUCUUUUCUGAGGGUACAUCAACAAAGCGAAAUGUGAUUUUUCAGUCCAAGGAAGAUUCUGCAACACCACUGAUUUGUGUGGCAGAUAAAACAUUAGGCAACCAGAGGGACUUAAUAAUAUUUAACACAUCCUCAAAUGCUAAGCAGACCAUUCCCCCUGCGGCUUGCUCACAGUCUCAGGAUAAAAUACAUUUCCUUGACAGCUCAAGGAAUUUGUCGAACCAGUCGGACUUUGGUAAAAUUCAAACUAAGGACAAAAAUAACCAGCCGCACAACUUUGUUAGCUCGACUACUAAAUCCCAGCCUACCGUCUUGAGUCAGUCUGUGCCAGGUUUAUACAAUGCUGGACUACAAAGCAACCCUGUUAAACCUUUCCACUCUGUUCAUACAGGAAGCAAAACCACCUCAUGCUCAGAGUUGGGGCCUCUCAACCUUGGCAAUACGGUUUUCCGUGGCUACGAAAAGAAGCCUGCGAUUUUUCAGAACUACAAUAGUUUGGUGAAAAUCGAAGGAGGUGGAUAUGGUCAGAAUGUUUGCAAAGGUUCUUCAGUAGGUGAGACUAAACUUUCUCUGAAAUGCCACGGCAGCAAGUCUGAACUUACCGACCCUGUUCCGGGGCCGUCAAGUUUACGUAAUCACAAGGAUUUAUCCCCGGAGUGUUCUCAAAGCGCAUAUAUGAGAUACUCUGAAACCUCAAGAAAAGAUACAAAGACUGUUCCAUCAAACAAAGGACUAUCAAAAGCACACCCGCAAAGCGAUCGGGUUUACCCAGUUUACUUUCUCAGUUCCAGCAAAACCACAACAAAUGCCAUCAAGAACAUGCCUGUUGAAAAGCCUCAAAACACAAGGGUUGGCAAUCUUGUCAAUCCUGACAUUCCUUCUACAUUUUUUCAUGCCACUCAGAGUCACAGCAUACUCAACAGCAAAAAUAUAAGACAGGAUAAACCCCAUGCCGUGGUAGCCCCAAGUCAGAGCUCUCAAAUCUCGGUUCCACUUGACAGAAAUCAGCUCUGUUUCUCACACUGUGAUCCCCUAGACGUCAACUUCAGCUCUUCGCUGUCCCCUGCCGUUUCCCAGCACAGCAGUCCACAAGUGAGCUACAGAGAUUCCGUCGGUCAGGAGGCUCCAGCGACCAAACCUCAGCCGUCCUCCUUCGUGUGCAAUCAGUCUGCUCACCCGUCUUACGUUGUGAACUUCACCGGUGAUCACUCGGUCACCCUGAACUACAACGACGGCGGGGAAUGUUUGAAUUACUCUUCGUCGGUGCCCACGAAUUACACAUACCAUUGCCUCAUGGAGCCUUCCGGAACCCAGGGAAGGCUUAUUGUAGAACCGUGCGGCCCUUCCACCAUCACGCAUUCUCCUUCUGUGGGCAGCUUUGCAGGCCCUAAAGGCCUGGCGGAGACGAGCAAGGACUCUCAGCAGCAUGGGCAGUCCGGAUGCCAUCCGGUCAUUUCCCAUCACUUCCCGUCAUCUCACUCGCAGAACACCUCCCUGACGGACCGCAAGCCCAAGAGACUCCGGCUGGUAGUUACUGAUGGUACAGUAGAUCUGGACCUUCAGUACACAGACUAAUGGUUGCUAAAUCGAUAUUUAUUAACGACAAUGCAAAUAUGUUUAUAUGUAAAAAGAAAAGACGUACUUUUAAAGUUGUGCUUAGCAUUUAUGAUUUACGAUAAGCUUUUUUUUGUGUUUAAAAAAACAUAUAUUUAAAACUUACUUCAUUGUCACCCAUGAUGAAUUAAUUGUGUAGUGUAUUUAUGUAUAAACUGUAGCAGUUUUCACAUAGUUCCAAUUGGCCACAUGAUGGAGGUAUUAUUCUGUCUUGUGGAUCGAAUUUUUUCAUACUCGUGUUUUAAACUGAGAAGUAGGGUCUACAGGAUAACCACAUUUUCAUGGUAACGGUGCACGAGAUGUAUGUUGGAGUGGCUCUGUUCAUCGAGGACCAAGACAGGGAGCAUGCGCUGUGUUUUUGUUUAAUUUUUUUUUAGUUCUCAUUUUCCUGCCAGGCUUAUAAGCAGUACUUGAUGGUAACUCUGAGGCAACCUGAUCUCCACCAGCUGCUCACGUUUACUACAAAAGGAGCCCUGUGGCUGUCUCUCUCCCCCCCAAUGCUGCUUUGACACUUGUUGUCAAACCCCACCCCAAUCUGGAGCACACACUGUAAACCUUUAUAACAUUCUUACUGGUCAGCUAACUGACUAGACUAACCUAAUUGAGUUGUUGUUGUUGUUCUUCCUCUUCUUUUUCUUUGUAAUGCAAACGAUUUGAAAACUCUGGUUAUGUUGAGGUGGUUUGUCUUCAAGAAUCGAGAGCGUUUGGGUUACAUCACGUAAAUUUUGAUGAUUCCUUGUAGUUGCGUGUUCACCCACAAAGCUAAUUUUUUCAUGAGUACUUUGGUCAGGAGGUACAAACACUUGACACUACUCGGUGCUUUUCUGAAAAGUUGAAUGUUUUUCAACUCCUGAAGGGCUGCUGUGACCACCGAGCGUAGACAAGAAGCGUUGGAUCACAUAUAAAACCUGCGCUGGUGGUUGACUGGGGUAAAACAAUCAAGUGUAAACGAAAUGUGCUCAUAUAUGUAUUAAUAAAACCUGCUCCAACUAUUUCAAUUACAAACAAGCCGGUCUAAAAGCUCAGUGGAAAAAAUAAACAAUCCUGGGCCAGAAAUGUUCUUGGUUUUGGCACAAUACAAGUAUAUCGGCAAAACUUCUUUGGAAGAGGGAUUUAAUUAGUGACGUUGGAACAUCUUGCGAACUGUGUUCCAUGUCGUUAAGUAUUACGCUUCAUUUCUGAAAAAAACUUAAAAAUGCUAAAAAAAAAUCCUGCAGGCUCGUCAAUUACUCGCCAUCCAAAAACAAAUGUGCUUCAUACUUUUGUCCUUUGUUGUAGUGGUAGUUUGGACAGUCCUUCUGCUGGAUAAAUUCUUGAAAUUUUUUUUUUUUUAAAUUGCGAUAUUGAUGGUACCUCGUGAGAGAUGGACGGAAACGUGGAAAUGUCUUUAUAACACAUCACCACUCGUGAUUAUACAGUCAUAAAAGGUGAAAACGUCUGCAUGGAUGUUUUGAAAACGCUGAUCUGGGAUCAGACCGUUUUUAAACAAGGGCGCUCAACACUACUUUUUAUUUUUUUUUUAUUUUUUUUUAAACUUCCUUUUGCAUGCUGUGUAUGGUAUUUAACCUCCUGUGUGUUAGAGACUGGAAGGCAUAAAUAUUUGUGAAGUUACAUUUUUCUACACAUUUCAUAUUUUGACAUGAAACCGAUGUUUGUGUGGUCGUGUUCAGAAUUUUUUUUUUUUUUUCCUCAGUGCACAAAAAAAGGCCAAUAUGAUAUUUAUAUUUAUUUCAAUAUGCUCCACACAUGGUGCUUUAAUAUAACUUAAUGUUUCGAUUGUACUGUAUACAAAAUGUAUUUUUUUGUUUGUUUGUUUUCCCCUCCUAAAUAUCUAGGACAUCAAUGAUUUUAAACGUGUUGGUUUUUUUUUGUUGUUUUUUUUCCUCUCUCUCUGCCCUAUAUGUCUCUACUGAAUAUCUUCUUUUUAGGAAGUUUGUAAGUAACAAGGUUAGAUUGUCUUAAUUACUAUUCCACUGUAAAGACAUGAAAAUGGUAUAAAUAAAAUGU